CUCAGCUUUUAGAGAUGUUUUAGAGUUAAAACGCAAGUUUGUCGACGUUGCUUUGUUUUUGUUAGCGGUGUUGCUGACUGUGCAACUUCUAUUCCGUUUCAUCCAUUUGUUUGUCGUUCACGUUCAAGGUCGCGGUUUAUCGUCAGUCCCCGAUUCCAUUACCCAUUACAUCACUAAUUAUAAUUUUAUUCUCGUUCUUAUCACAUCUGAACGAAUACCACGUAUUUACAUAUCAAUCAAGUUUACAGAGUUUUGCUAGACUUGCUCACUUUCUGAUCGGAAGUCGGCCUGAGUGCACGUUCCGAUAAGCCGGUAGCCAACAUGUCAACAGCUGGAAAAGUGAUCAAGUGCCAAGCGGCGGUCGCCUGGGAGGCCGGCAAACCGCUUUCAAUCGAAGAAAUCGAAGUGGACCCUCCUAAAGCGGGCGAAGUCCGCGUCAAGAUCACCGCAACCGGCGUGUGCCACACCGAUUCUUACACUUUAUCCGGAAAGGACCCGGAGGGUGUGUUCCCUGUUAUUUUGGGACACGAAGGUGGUGGAAUCGUCGAGAGCGUCGGCGCGGGCGUCACCGCGUUCAAGGCCGGCGACCAUGUCGUCCCCCUAUAUGUGCCGCAGUGCAAAUCUUGCAAGUUCUGCCUAAGCCCGAAAACUAACCUCUGCCAGAAGAUCCGUAUCACCCAGGGCCAAGGAGUGAUGCCUGAUGGCACCCGCCGCUUCCGCUGCAAAGGUAAAGAGCUCUACCACUUCAUGGGUUGCUCCACUUUCAGCGAAUACACUGUUGUCUCUGAAAUUUCUCUCUGCAAAGUCAAUGAAAAAGCUGCUCUGGACAAGGUCUGCUUGCUCGGCUGCGGUAUCCCCACUGGCUAUGGUGCAGCUCUGAACACUGCUAAAGUUGAGCCCGGCUCCAACUGUGCUAUCUUUGGUCUUGGAGCUGUCGGUUUGGCUGUUGCUCUUGGUUGCAAAGCUGCUGGAGCUAAGAGAAUCAUCGGUGUAGACAUCAACCCUGACAAGUAUGAGGUGGCAAAGAAAUUCGGCGUCAACGAAUUCGUCAAUCCUAAGGAUUACGACAAACCCAUCCAGCAGGUGCUGGUUGACUUGACUGAUGGUGGUUUAGAUUACACUUUUGAAUGCAUUGGUAAUGUUAACACCAUGCGGGCAGCUCUCGAGGCUUGCCACAAAGGCUGGGGAGUGUCUGUGAUCAUCGGGGUGGCUGCGGCUGGAGAAGAAAUUAGCACCCGUCCAUUCCAGCUUGUCACCGGUCGUACAUGGAAGGGAACGGCUUUCGGAGGAUACAAGAGCAUUGACAGCGUCCCCAAGCUUGUGGAGGAGUACCUGGCUAACAAACUGCCUAUUGACCAAUUUGUGACCCAUGAUGUGCCUCUUAAGGAGAUCAACGAAGCCUUCCACUUGAUGCACACGGGCAAGUCCAUCCGUGCCAUUGUCCACCUAUAAAUUACAAUUUGUGUAUUCUAUGCAAGGCACUGUAUGAAGACCAGUUAUACUCACACAUUUGUAUAUUGUAUAAAACAUAUAAUGUAAAGCAUUUAUUACAAGUAAAACUUGUAAGUUUGUAACAGCAUUUUUGGUGUUUGAAUACUCUAUAUUUUUUACACUA